AUGGUAUUAGCAUUGCCUCAUCUACCGGCUGAAAGGGGUAAUCCCGGGUGCCCUAAUUUUUGUAUGGAAGAUGGGUUUCAUACAAUUGUCGCGUACACCUUACAAUUUCCUGAAAUCAGUGAGGUUAUGAGUCGUUUUCUGAGGGACUAUGUAUUUGAUUAUUGGUUUGUGCAAAUUGGUCCACGGUGCUUAAGCGUUUUUGGUCAAGAUCACCGGACCAACAAUUACUUGGAAUCUUUCCAUUCAACGUUGCUCACACAAAUUGGACGUCACCCUAAUAUUUGGGAUUUUCUUCAAAGACUGAUUAUUGUUGAAAAUCAGUUCUUUGUAGAAUUUCAACAGCGCACAAAUAACCUCACAAUUAGAGACGGUACUUCCAGAUCUCUAAGAGAAAACGCUACGCGGAUAAUAAGAGAGUCGGUACAACAACUCAACAGAGACGGUGACCUAUUAAUGUUUUUGAGGAGGACUGGUCACCGAAAUGAUGGGUAUGUUCAAGAACAGAUUGGACCUUAUCCCUGA